AUUAUUUGCUAUCUCUACGGCGAACGUCACACAGUGCGUCAAGUCCGCUUUUAGUAAUAAGUGGGAGAAAAGAAUUGCGAUUUCAAAAUUUCCUCUCUAUCUCCGGGGGCUAUUGAAAGUUUUGUUUGAUAUAUGUCGCCAGGUCGAUUAACAAUGAAAUCAAGGCUAAAACCACCAAGAAAAAGGAUUGCGGCGAAAAAAAUAAGUAGGCUUGGCACUAACAGUGGCAACGCAAAAUGACUGCCCUUUGGCUUCUGCCGCGCGAUACAGACCAGUUGUUACUCCGUCAUAUAUAAAUCAAGUCCCUCAUCACAACAGCGGGAAUUUUUAUCUUCGCAGGACAGUUACCGCACGUUGUGUAACGUUUGCUGGACCGGUUAGCAUCGAGGCUCCUCGCAUGAAAAUUACGAUUUAACGUUUCUCGACGUCCCCCGGUUUCAAGCGCCCUGUUUUUUCCCCUUUCAAGCCAAUGUGGUGCCAUGUCGCAGAAGAAAAGAUUGUGCAAGACUGAGACCUCCACACAGAGAGAAAGACAGAGCAGCGCUUCAGGCGCUGUAUGUGAGGAUGAAGAUGCAAUGUUCACUCAGCCGAGCACGUCACAGGUCCAGAGAAGCCUUGAGAAGCUCUCGCCUUCCCAGGUUGACCAAAAGACAGCUGAGGUGGUGAAGUACAUCCUGGUGAAAGAUCAGAAGAAGAUACCCAUACGGCGUGCAGACUUGGUGAAACACGUGAUCAAAGAAUACCGAAAUGUGUACCCUGAAAUCAUGAAGAGAGUGGCGCAUACCUUUGAUCAGGUUUUUGGUCUUAAAUUGGUCAGUCUAGACACAAAGAACCAAUUGUACAUCCUUAUCAAUAAACUGGAGGUGACAGCUGGAGCCCCGCCCUUCAACUCAGAAGACCCGAAGAUGGCACUGCUCUUUGUCGUCCUGAGUGUCAUCUUUAUGAAAAAGGGUGUGGCCAGAGAAAGCCUGAUGUGGAACAUGCUCGGGAAACUCGGCAUUAACCCCAUAAAGAAACAUGAAGAAUUUGGCGACGUCAAGAAGGUCAUCACGGAUGACUUUGUGCGUCAAAGGUACCUGGAGUAUGUUCCUAUUCCUCACACUGAGCCACCUCAACACAACUUCCUCUGGGGUCCGCGUGCUGAGGUGGAAGGCUCCAAGGCCAAAAUCCUUCAAUUUGUGGCUGAACUUCAUGACCGGGAUCCUCAGAGUUGGAAACAUCAGUACACAGAAGCUCACAGCAGUCAAGGCAGUGAGGCAAGCUCGAGCAGCCAAAGAUGAAUUUUGGUUUUAUAACUUUUAAUGUAUUCAAUUUUGUAAGAUUGAAUGUUUGUUCUCAUAGUGUCGGCAUGGCUUCGUUGAUCUGUUUUAAAUUUAACAUACUGAACAUUUGGAAUGUUUUAAUUUUAACACCUGUCAUUGGUCAAAUAAAAUAUUUUUGCAUUGGUA